AUGCUGUGGCCUCCUACACCCGCGCAAUGUGCGCGAGGCUACAUCAGAACGUCGCAAAAAUUCCGGUUGCGGCCACAAUUUGCAUCGCGAGCGGCUGCCAUCCUGCGCCGACACUAUGCCUCCGACAUUGACCGCUCCCGCAAUGAUUCGCCGGCCGAUCGAACGUCCCUCGCCCGAGGCGCGAAUCCUAGGUAUAAUGAGAUAGGCAUACAACAACUGAGCGACUACCUCCACCCCCAAGUUUUUCCUUCUGGGGCCACUCGACCACGCCCCGAGCUGGUUGAAUUGUCCAAGGACCACCUCCGACGGCAUGACCUGUUGGGGAAAAAUCAGGACAAUACCCCGCCCAUCGGAUUGGAUGCACCACCGGUCAUUGGAAGUUGUUUGGACGAGCACUUUACCAAACUGGGCCUCGACGCAGCCGAGCCGUACCUGUCGUAUGGCAAGGCAUUUGUGCGAGCAAACACCCCUCAAAGACCACGGAAAUGGGUGAUUCGAAGCGGGUGGACAAAGUAUAACCCGGAUAUGACGACGGAAGAGGUGGAUGCGCCAGACGACGAGAUGCUGUCAUUCGAUGUGGAAACCAUGUGGAAAGAAUCGCCCUUUGCAGUCAUGGCCACCGCUGCCAGUCCUACGGCGUGGUAUGCUUGGAUAUCGCCCUGGCUGCUGGGGGAAACGACAAAUCCGAGGCAAUUGAUACCUUUGGGCGACCCAAGCAAACCGCGGAUCGUGGUUGGACACAACAUUGGGUAUGACCGGGCGAGAGUCAAGGAGGAGUACGACCUGCAGCAGUCGCGGAAUUUCUUCAUCGACACCAUGUCGCUACAUGUGGCUGUCAAUGGCAUGUGCUCUAGGCAGCGGCCAACCUGGAUGAAGCACAAGAAGAACAGGGAUUUGCGGGACAAAAUGUCAAGUGAGCACAACUCGGUAGAGCUGCAGAGGAUGCUUGAGAGUAAGAUGCUGAGCGAGGAAGAGGAGGAACUUUGGGUUGGCCGGAGCUCAAUCAACUCAUUACGGGAUGUGGCCAAGUUCCAUACAGGCAUCACGAUCGACAAGAGUCAACGAGACUACUUUGGUGAACUGGACCGAGAAGGCAUCGUUCAGCGAAUUGAAGAGUUGCUCGACUACUGCGCCGCCGAUGUGGCGAUCACGCACAAAGUCUUCCAGAAAGUCUUUCCCAAUUUCCUCGAGACCUGUCCACAUCCUGUCAGCUUUGCCGCACUACGGCAUUUGUCGUCCGUCAUCCUGCCUGUCGAUAAGUCUUGGGAUGAGUACAUCGCCCGAGCAGAGACGACGUAUCUCCAAAGACUGAAAGAUGUCGAGCAGCGGCUUUUGCAACUGUCAGAGGCGGCUUUGGAGGUCAAGGAAAAGCCCGAAGUCUACGAAAACGAUCCGUGGCUCAACCAGCUUGACUGGUCAGGUCAAGAGAUCAAAUAUAAGAAGGCUAAGAAGAAGGGCGAGGUACCUGUUCCCGUGGCUCGACAAAAGAAACCUGGCGCACCCAACUGGUAUCGAGAUCUAUUCACCUCCAACGCGUCUCCGAUAAACUUGACGGUGCGCACGAGAAUUGCUCCGCUGUUGUUGAAGUUGUCUUGGGAUGGCUAUCCUCUGGUAUGGUCUGAUCAACACGGUUGGACCUUUCGCGUGCCGAAUAAGGACACUGGGAAAUACGAGCACAGCAAUGUGGUCAGCUGCGACAUGUCAGAAGAGACGAAUCCCAAGCUGAAAUCGGACUUCCAACAUACAUACUUCAAACUUCCCCACAAAGAUGGCCCAACAGCGCGUUGUGCGUCGCCACUCGCCAAGGGCUACUUGCAAUACUUUGAACAGGGUACUUUGUCGUCGAAAUUCACUCUGGCUAAAGAAGCUUUGGAGAUGAACGCGUCCUGCUCGUACUGGAUUUCGGCCCGAGAUAGGAUCACUUCUCAGCUGGUCGUCCGAGAAGCCGAUCGUGACCCUAGUCUGGCCGGCAAGUCUGAUCAAGGCUUUAUUCUUCCUCAGAUCAUCCCCAUGGGUACCAUCACUCGACGAGCAGUGGAGAAUACGUGGCUCACUGCCUCCAACGCCAAAUCGAACAGGGUAGGAUCAGAACUCAAGGCCAUGAUCAAGGCACCACCAGGGUACUGCUUUGUUGGCGCAGACGUUGAUAGUCAGGAACUCUGGAUUGCCUCAGUUGUGGGCGAUGCCCAAUUUCAGCUGCACGGCGGAAAUGCAAUUGGCUUCAUGACUUUAGAAGGGACCAAAGCCGCUGGGACUGACCUACAUUCCAAGACUGCAAAGAUUCUGGGAAUUUCCCGCAACGACGCCAAAGUCUUCAACUAUGGUCGUAUCUAUGGUGCUGGCCUGAAAUUCGCCGCGACUCUCCUUCGGCAAUUCAACCCCUCUCUAUCGGAACAGCAAACAAAUGAGAUCGCGACGAAACUCUACAAAGAAACGAAAGGCACUCGUACAAGGCGCAAGAUAUUUGGCAAUGGCAGUUUCUGGCGAGGAGGUACCGAAUCCUUUGUCUUCAACAAACUCGAAGAAUUUGCCGAGCAAGAACGACCUCGUACGCCGGUGCUGGGAGCGGGGAUUACCGAAGCUCUCAUGCGAAGAUUCAUCAACCAAGGCUCUUUCAUGACUUCUCGGAUCAACUGGGCCAUUCAGUCCUCGGGCGUCGACUACCUCCACCUUCUGAUAGUCAGCAUGGACUACUUGAUUCGGCGAUUCAACUUGGAUGCUCGCCUCGCAAUCACCGUGCAUGACGAGAUCAGGUACCUGGUCAAACACGAGGACAGAUACAGAGCGGCAAUGGCGUUGCAGAUCAGCAACCUGUGGACCAGAGCCAUGUUCUCGCAGCAAAUCGGUAUCCAGGAUCUUCCGCAGUCUUGUGCAUUCUUCUCAGCAGUAGACAUUGAUCAUGUCCUCCGCAAGGAAGUCGAUAUGGACUGCGUGACGCCCAGCCACCCGGAAAAGAUCCCUCACGGCGAGAGUCUAGACAUCAACCAGUUGCUCGAAAAGGGGUCCGAGGCGUUUUUGGACCCAGGCGUUGUGCCAAAGGACGGGCCGAUUGAUCUGAAUGGAUAUGCAUACACUCCAAGACAAAGUGUCAUGUCGAGUCUGAACAGUUCGGGUGAUGUCGCUUACAUAAAGGCGCAGAUUACAAGCGACGACAAAGAGCUGAAGGCCAUUAUCCGCGAAGCUGAAAACGACGCCUCCCCUCAAUUGACCGAAGGAACUUCUACAACGACGACGGCCAAGGGCUCUACCAGAUCUGGCACUGGCAGUACAGGUUCGCCGCGAGGAAGACGGCCCAAGCCGAAAGUCCCUAUUCCGCCUCACGCGCAGCCGCAACGCGCCAUGCUCAUGGAGGUCGAGGAUCGGUGGGACAUGGGGUACAAGAAGGCCUUUGGCAACGCUGGCCACGGCCACGCUGGCCACGCUGGUGGUGUUGGGGGCCACAAGCCGUGGUUGACGGAGAAGAAGACGCCAGCGUGGUCGAGUCAGUGGGCGAAUGAUGGAUGGGAAGUAUGA